CCAUCCCCGCCACCACUGCCAUCGUUCGAUCCUCCCACCUCACAGCCUGUCUCCCCUCUCCAUGUCGCAGACAAACUCAACACCCCAGCGUUUGCUCUGUCCGACACUAUCUAUGCGCUGGCCCAAAGGUUGAAUGAAGCACUUGCACUGUCUCAUUCCUGAACCUUCUACCCUUCAUCACUACCGCACACAAUUCACUACCAUUACCGAGUCAGCCUAGUGGUGCUUAUUGCAUUGUAGCUAUGAGCUACGAAGACUAUCCUGAGUUUGAGGACUAUCAACGGCGGUGGAUUACUCCGGAAUCCACGACAACACUCACUUCGGUUCUACUUGCGGUUGUAGCAGGCGCAUACAUUGUUUUCAAGGUCUUGGGCCUCCUUGGCUAUCCUGUCUGGCUCUGGAUCCACCAGCUUGCCCACAUGUCUGUCGGGGUUCUGCGCUUGCGCGGUGCAUCCCUCGUGUCGACCGACUCGGAGUCGAGCGACGACACGAUGCAGCGUAGUGGAGGCAUGCUAGGGAGCAUCUUUGGUCUCAAUCCUGGAAGCUUGUUACAAAAAGGUGUAAGAGGUGUUGCAGGUGCUUGGUCUAGAGGCUCCAGCGCUGUGCCGCCAGGCUUAGGCAACAUUAGCAACUCCUGCUACCAAAACAGCGUCAUCCAGGGCCUCGCAUCGUUACCUUCUCUGCGCGAAUAUCUCUCGAGGUUGGCUAUCGAGUAUCCCGCGCUCACCGCCGACACAACGAACGGGGCCCUAUACGAGAUGAUCAGCAAGCUCAACGAUCCAGGCAACCACAGUCAACAUUUCUGGAUACGAGGGAAGCUCAAGUCGAUGAGUACGUUUCAGCAACAAGAUGCGCAGGAAUAUUACAGCAAGGUACUAGAUGCUUUGGAUGAGGAGGUCAAAAAGGCUUCUAGUAGUAAGAGGCGAUCCUCGGUCUCUUGGCUUGAGGCUACGAAGAGCUUGAGUGACUUACCAGAGGCAGAAGAUAAACAAAAGGCGGGCGAGACGGUCGGGUCGGAGAAAGGUCAAGCGACAGCAAGGCAGCCGAAGAUUGUGCCGAAUCCACUGGACGGAUUACUCGCCCAGCGGGUUGGUUGCGUAUCUUGUGGCUACUCGGAAGGACUCUCGCUUAUACCUUUCAACUGCGUCACGGUAUCGCUGGGUAGGAACUAUGGAUACGAUAUCCGCGAAUGCCUCGACGAAUACACGACGUUGGAAUAUAUUGAUGGGGUGGAAUGUGCGAAGUGCACGCUUCUUAAGCUGAAGAAUACGCUCACACCAUUAGCGACUAAGGCUCCGGGAUCACCGUUCGAAGCAAAACUGAAUGCCGUGCAAGAGGCGUUGGACGAGGAAGAUUUCGAAGAUAAGACUCUGAUCAAGAAGCUUAACGCAGCGAAGAAGAAUUGGGUGCAAAGUACAAAAUCGAAACAGGCCGUCAUUGCACGAGCACCGAAGUCACUAGUUCUUCACAUCAACCGGAGCAGCUUCAAUGAAAUGACUGGAAUGUCGUACAAGAACACUGCCGGUGUGUCAUACCCAAUGAUAUUGGAUUUGGCCAACUGGUGUUUGGGCAGCAAGCCAAGCGGCUCGCAGCAGCCCGACAUGUCAAUAGAGGAGUGGCCGAGGGACCCCAGAGAGUCUAUGCUUCCAGACUCAGAGAGUGAACCGGUAACGACCUCACAAUUCCAGUACAGGCUCCGAGCUGCUGUGACUCAUUACGGAUCGCACGGUAGUGGACACUACGUUUGCUAUCGGCCACAUCCGAGGGUAUUCAGCGAGACGAAGGAGAGCAGCGAAGACUCAAACGCAGUGGAAGAGCAAGAAACCUUUAGAGAAAGGUGGUGGCGGUUCAGCGAUGAAAGCGUCUAUGCUGUAUCAGAAGAGGAGGCGCAUCAGGGUAAUGUCUUUAUGCUAUUCUACGAGCGUAUAGACGAGCUCAUCUCAUUACCACCACGGGAGACUGAUCUAGCAGUCGAGUCUAUUGCGGUCGCUCAAGACGCUCCGUUACCACCCGCUAAUGUCACGUCGGACGCACAGGCGGUUAUGAAUGAGGAUGCUGCAGAGGUCCCUCUUCCGGACGAUGACGAUAUUUUUGAUUUCAUUCCUCCAGACCCGUCUACUGUACCAUCAAUCGAGACUACAGUUUCAAGCCAGCUAUUAGCGGGGUAUAACAUACCCCCAACGAUAUCUAUGUACCCCACACCACCUCCAGAGAAGACAGCGCCUGAACGCAUCCUCCACGAUACCGAUGGAGACAACGAAAUGAGCGAAGCAGACUCCGAAGAUGCCCUCUCCACUCAACUGACAUCUGACUACGACUCUGAAGCCGACAUCCCCACUCCGCCUACACCUAAGACCAUCUCCAUUCCACCAGUCUCACCACACCUGAUGCGGACAGCUGGGAAUGCGCCAAAUAGGGGUCAAGGAAGUAGGCAGAGUUUACCGCUAGUUUCUGCGACGUAGGUUGCUCGUAGGGCAAAGCGUGCGAGGCUUAGACUUCGUGAGGGAUAUGGCGUAUAUUUGAAGGACUAUCCUAGGAACUCGAGCGGAUGGGAGGGUUUUGGGCCCAAGGUCUGGAAAAAGCAUAAUUUUUCGGGUUGAUUGGGAGUUCACGGAUCUUGGCGUUUACAUACCUGUUGCCCGAAUAGGGUCAGGUCGGUGGUCAUGCACAUUGUAGUUCUUGGAGGUAGGUAGCGCCAUCAUUAAUGACAUGAUUAUUCACGCCUCA